AUGAAUGACCCAGCUCAGGCGACUCAGAAGAUGGUGCAGCUUGCAAAGUGCAGGCUGGGUGUGGCAUAUAUUAAUAUUCUCAAGAUCCAAAAGUCACUGGUGUUUGGCAAAUAUAAUAACCAUCCACAGGUCAAGAGGGAGGUGAACAAGCUAAUCACAUUCUUCAAGAAAGAAGGAAUCCUUGUGAUGCAAGAAGAUACUGCCAUUCCAAUGAUGUUGUCAAGAACAUGCCUAAAAUACUCAAAGAACAUCAUGCAUGGGAUUGUCUCUCUUGAGAAAUACUAUCAUAAGAUCAGUGAGAUGAAGAAACUGACAAAAGAGCAUGUCACCGAGUAUAAUAGCCUUUGCAAUGAACUUGCUGGGCUGCAAGGUGCAUUGAUUUUAAUGGGCAAGUGGGGAAUAAUCAUAUAUGAUAAAGACACAAUCGUAGUGCAUAUGACCAAGGAGGUGUUAAUUGGCAUCUUGCGUUUAGUAAAGGCAGCAUACAAGAAUGCACCAGAGGAGGAGCAGUUGCAGCAGCACAGGGAGAACUGCACCUUUAGUACGACAUUGGCCAAAGUCCUCAGCUAUGAGAAACUUGUAUUAAUGCUUGCCCUCGAUCUCCUACCAUUGGGACCUUAUUUCCACCGUCAUAAAGAGUUCCAUAUCACUUUGCUGGCUCAAUCAAUCAAUGUUUUGAUGGAGAUGUUCAUCCAAUUUAUUCAGUUGCAUAGUCAUAUACUACACCUGCUUGCAUCCAACAUCUUCCUAGACUAUGCAACAGAUAUUGCGACUAAGGCUCCAAACUACACCACCAGCCUGAACAACUACUCCAAUUACCUAUUUUAUGACAGGGUGACAGCAAGAAUAACAGUGUGGCUGAUGCCUGAAGAUGGUGUGCAAGAGGCGCCUUUCCACUACUAUGCAGAUACGUCCUCAACAUUUGCUGCAUUUGAGGAAGUUAGUGGUUGGUUCAAGCCUCUGCUGUUGCACUAUCGCACACAUUAUUUUUACAAACAUCUGAUGGAUAACGAAACAGAAGUUAUGUUUACAAAGCUCCACAAUGACCUGAGGGUGAUUAAACCUAAAAAGUUGAGGAGGCAAUGUUUACCUACUUUGCUGCACCUCCAGAACAAGCUAACUACCACAAUUGCUUGUAGUCAGCAGAGCAAGCCUUUCAAGGACCAAAAGGAGAUCAAUGAAAAAUUUGAGAGAAAGACAAUGAAGUGGAAGAGGUGGUUAUGGUAUGAUGGUGUUGAGAUUCCAUCAGAUAUUGCCCCAACCACAACAGCCUCACUCAUAGAUGAUGAUCAUGCUAUAGAUGAACUGGAGAUCAAUUCUUCCCAUCUAUGCAUACAAGCACUGAAGGAGGAUGACAGUGUCUUAUAUAACAUUAAGGAUACCGUUGAUCUUAUGAUUCCAGCCAUAGAAGGCACAGAGGAUCAAAACAUGAUUGAUGAACAAGAAGAUAAACAGGCCCUGCUGCAUACCUCUAUGGUUCCUGUGGUCACACAGAUACACAAGCCACAGCCUCAGAUAUUGACAAAUUUUGAUGAUCAUGCUAGCCUGUUUAAGACUCUGCAAACUAAGAAUAAAGGCAAUGCAAGGGCCAGUACUAAAACUAAAGAUCCUGUUGAUAAGCAAGGUGAAGGCAAUGGAUCCUCUGAUGGAAUAGUAACAGGUGCAGCUAUCAGUACAGGCACAACUACUGGCACCGACAUGAUCAAGGCGACUGUCCCAUCUAUCCGCACUGAUUGUGGUGGUGUGCUCAUUGCACCAUGGAGUUCCAAUAAGCUGGAAAGUUCCUUGCGACAUUCCACAUCAUACACUAUUAAAGAGGGCCAUGCCACAAAAGCUUCAAGGAAAGGCUGCAAGGACAAAGUCCUCCAGAGGACCGCGGGAAAUAUCUGGAGGAACUUCCAGAAACUCGGAGGAAUGGAGGAUCAGAUGAGCGGAGGAGCGGAGGAGCGAAGCUCUGGCCUAGGGAAUUCCUCCCUAGGCCUAAGGUGGAUAUUCAGAAGGAAAGAACUAACUGAGGAAGUACAGGAGUUUAUAUACUGGAGGCAAGUCGGUGCAGAUCAGUAA